GUGGAAGGCUCAAGAAAAUCAAUAAUAAGCCACUACGGGCUUUACCAAAAUUCCUACUCAUGCAGCAACGCACCUGGCAGCAUCUACGGCUACCCUACGACUACGACUACGACUACCCCCACUGCUAGUUAUUUGCCGGCGUAUCCCCACUUCCAGAGCCAGUUUCAAUUAAACGAAGACUACCGGCCGAUAUAUUUUUAUGUCGCUCAGCCCUACACCAUUCCUUACACCUUCGCCAAGCGCCCUAAGAGUAAUAAUAACAACAAUCACACCCUUUCUAUUGGACGGUCCACUAGGAGCAGGAGUCGGGUCAAGUUUUCUAAGAAAUUGAGCAACGCUGAAUUUUCUCAGAAGGUUAAGCAAGGCGAAUUUUCAAAGAGUUUGAAUCAAGUUCAGUUUGUAGAUUCUACAGUUAAAACUUCUCCAAAAGAAUUGCCAAGAAAACCAGUAGAUCCCGCAAUGACGUCCAUGUUCAGACGAGGAACAAUUUUUGCGACGUUUUUCCUCUCGCUGAUUGGCGGAGGACUAGUUUGUGCGGCGCUGGUGACUCAGCACUGGGUCGAAGCCAAAGCUUGGCGGACUCCUAACCCCCAUGAGAGCGCCGGGAAAAUUCAUUUUGGACUUCUCAAUGGAAAAAAGGAGCUCAAUGUCGCUUAUGGCUGGCGUACCUAUCACAUUACAGCUGCAGGAUUAUCAGCAUUAAUAGCAGUCCUAAAUACAGCAACGACUCCCAGAGUUAAAUUAUUGUCUGUACCUGGUGUUUAUAUAAUCAAUAGCCUAACAUUAAUAUUAUGUAUUACGAGUGUCAGUACGUGGUUGGCUCAAUUCUAUACAAAAUUACAAAACAACGUUCUGCCAAAAGAGGAUGUCGAUAAUAUGUGGACGAGUGAAGGUUCCGCGGAGCUAGGAUACUCCUUUUGGAUGGUAGUUAGCGCCGGGGUUGUUCACCUUAUCAGUAUCGCUUUGGUUGGCUGGGGAUCAGGAAGAGUUAAAGAAGAUCGUAUUGAGCACAUACCUGCUUUAGAAGAAAAAACAGCUGCGGCCAUAAUGCUCUAUUAA